UUUUUUUACUCAUCUCCAUCGAUAUUUAAAUAUCGAUAGUUGUCUCCGCUUAAAUUGUUUCAACAUGCUUCCUUUAUCCCUGUUAAAGACGGCUCAGAGCCAUCCCAUGUUGGUUGAGCUGAAAAAUGGUGAAACCUACAAUGGCCACUUGGUUAGCUGCGACUCCUGGAUGAAUAUUAAUCUUCGCGACGUUAUUUGUACAUCAAAGGAUGGUGACCGGUUUUGGCGUAUGCCGGAAUGCUAUAUUCGAGGCAGUACGAUUAAAUACCUGCGAAUUCCCGAUGAAGUGAUUGAUAUGGUGAAAGAAGAUGCCCAGGCCAAAUCGAGAAAUCGCACAGAGAUGAACAAGAACCGCGGUGGCAACUCGUCGCAAAAUCAGCGCGGUGGACGGCCCGGUGGAAAUCGCAAUAACGUCGGCAACAGGAGUGGGCAAGGAUAUGGAGGACCUGGAAACAACCCAAUGCGCCUGGGAGGAGGGGCCGGUGGUCAAGGGAAUCGUCUGCCCCAUGCUCCCAAAAACAGAAAGUAAUUGUACAGACCGUAGAAAUAAAUAUGUAAUUGGAGUCACCGUUCAA